CGCCUCCCUUACUCCGGUAGAGGUCCUCCAGCUUGGUUCCCUGAGCCUCCGCGGCUGCCCGCCCCAGAGCUCAGUUCCCCAAAAAUCAUAAAAGCAGGAAAACUCAAGACAAAGAAAUCCAACAAGGCUAGUGAUUUCAGCGAUAUGGCGAAUUGGCCAACACCAAGUGAAUUAGUCAACGCUGGAUGUCAGAGUGUCAUCAGCCAAGGAAAUAAGAAACUACAAAAUAGAAAAGAAAAAGAAGAAAAGGUUGAAAAGAGAAGUAACAGUGAGAGCAAAGAAAACAGGGAAACAAAAUUAGAUGGUCCUGGUGAAAAUGUCAGUGAGGAUGAGGCUCAGUCGAGUAAUCAACGAAAGAGAGCAAAUAAGCACAAGUGGGUACCACUACACUUAGAUGAUGUAAGACCAGACAGUCAGGAAAGACCUGGAUCCCGAAACAGCUCAAGGUGUCAACCUGAAGCAAAUAAACCAGCACAUAACAAUAGGAGAAAUGAUACACGAAGUUGGAGGAGAGAUAGAGAAAAGAGAGAUGAUCAAGAUGAAGUUUCCAGUGUGAGAAGUGAGGGUGGUAAUAUCCAAGGUUCCUUUAGAGGCCGAGGAAGAGGCCGAGGACGGGGAAGAGGACGAGGCAGAGGAAAUCCUCGAUCGAACUUUGAUUAUUCAUAUGGUUAUCGAGAACAUGGUGAAAGGACUGCUCAACCAUUUCAAACAGAACUUAAUACCAGUAUGAUGUAUUACUAUGAUGAUGGUACAGGUGUACAGGUGUAUCCUGUGGAAGAAGCAUUGCUUAAAGAGUAUAUUAAGCGUCAAAUUGAAUAUUACUUCAGUAUAGAAAACUUGGAACGGGACUUCUUUCUUCGGAGAAAGAUGGAUGAACAAGGUUUCUUGCCUAUUUCCCUGAUUGCUGGUUUUCACCGUGUUCAGGCUCUCACUACAAACCUUAAUCUCAUCUUAGAGGCACUGAAAGAUAGCACAGAAGUAGAAAUCGUGGAUGAGAAAAUGAGAAAAAAGAUAGAACCAGAAAAAUGGCCAAUUCCAGGUCCUCCUCCACGUAAUGUGCCACAAACGGACUUCUCUCAACUGAUUGAUUGUCCAGAGUUUGUACCAGGCCAAGCCUUUUAUUCACAUCCAGGUAACAGCUUUUCUUCUAGGACAAACAACCUAACAAUAGGCUAUUUGGUCCAAUUUGUCUAUCCUUUUAUAGUUUGUUUAGAUUCAGCAGGAAAAUUUAUGAUAAAUAAAUGACUUGAUGCUCCAAAUUCUAUUCAUAUUGCCUCCCACACAGAGCUAUAAGUUGACGCUCUCUUAUGUUUCUUGUUCUUAAAUUAUAUGUGUACUCUGUCAUUUAUGGUGUUUCUACCUAUCUUCUUUUAAUUUUACUAAAUGGCUAUAAAUAUAUUAUGCCAGUUUUCCCCUUGUAAAAUUGUAUUAGUCUAAAAGUCUUCUACUUAAGAGUGGGCUUCCUUUAAUUUUGUUACCAAUGUGCUUCAACUUUGUCUUGAAAAGAUAAGAUGACCUACAUUGUAAAGCAGAAUUGGGGUUCUCUUUAAUCUGGUUGUGUUUAGAAUUUCCAAAAUCUGCUUUAAUGUUAAGAUUUUUUUUCCUGGAUCAUUUUUAAGACAUUCCCUCUUGGGAAAAAAUGUGUGCUUAAACUUUUUUCAGUCAGGGUGAUGAUCUACUGAUGCUCUUGGAUGUCAUUUGAUCGGAAUAUGCAGUGGAAUAGGUGACUCACUGAAAUGGCAUUAUAAAUAUUGGAACAAAUCGUGCUGCAGAAAUGAAAGUGACCAGACUGUCUUCUGUGCAAGAAUGUCUACUCUAACUCCUUGUGGAGGAGGUUGGGCCAACGCUACCAUGGAGAUAACCACCUUUGUGAUGACGAUGAGAGACAGACCAGAGGACUGCUAUUGUUUUUAUAGGAGCUGCCCAUUUCUGUGUAAUUGGCCUGGGAUGCAUGGGCUACUUUUAUUCACGGUGGGAAAGUUAAUUAUUAUUAUUCUGGAAAUACUGCAAGAGUCUGUCUUUUGUUUCCAGGCUUAUGUACUUGUGUCCAGAUCAAUAAAGCAGAAAAGAGAGGAUUGAGUAGCAUUUCCCAGAUUGUUAAGUACUUUGCUAUUUGAUUUGUCCUUCAAUACAGUGUACGUUGCAUAACUUACGUGUUGUCAUAAUGUUUCCCAUGGACUAUAAGAUUUAUUAAUGUGGACACGUAAAGGGUAAGAAAUUUAAGAAAUGAACGUGGGUAUUUUUUUCUUUUACUCUUCGAAAUGUAUUUUUGAUACAUCAAUAUGGGAGACCUUUCCAUCAAUAAAGCAUUGAUGAUGGACAGUCUCACAAAUAUUUUUAUCUCAUGUUUGUCAGCCCUCUUGCUUCUAUCCCAGCAACCAACUUGGGCAGGUGUUUUAAAAGUUGAAGAAAAGUGAUGUUGUUUUUGUUUUUUAUUUUAAAGAUAUAAUAGUUGAUUGUAUAAGUUAGAUUUAUUUAUUGUAUAAACUUGGGUCCAAGAUGAUACUUUUUAGCCAGCUAAUGAACAGGCAUUAAGUUGAAUAAAAUAGAAAAUACCUUUUCUACAGGAUAGUUAAGAUAGGUCAUUCAAGUUGGUAAUCCCUGUCCAUUAACCACUUACGCAUUAUUAAUAAAAUUAUAAGAAUAAAAUCAUA